UGAACUCUGAGAACUGAAAUAUUGGAUUCAUUUCACUUAAAGUUCUUAUCGAGAUCUAGAUCUAGUUAAAUUCUAAACUUAAGCCCUAACUUCUAUCAAAAGUAGAAUCUAGAUCUAAGUCUAUAUAAAUCUAGCAUCAUAACUGAAUACAAUUCGAUUUAAUGGAUUAUUCUAAGCACAUAAACAAACUCUGGGAAGAUGGCUAUGCUGUUAUUGAAAACUUUCUAAGUGAAGAGGAGAUAAAGAAACUGAAAAGUCACAUGCAUGAGAUUGUUUCAGCUGUCAACCCCAGAGAACAUCAAACUGUGUUUUCAACCACAAAUCAGACCAAAAAUGAUUACUUUUUAAACAGUGGAGAUAGGAUUUCAUUUUUCUUUGAGGAGGAAGCUAUUGAUGCUGAAGGCAACCUACAAGUUGAUAAACAGUUAUCAGUGAAUAAAAUUGGUCAUGCCCUGCAUUGCUUGGAUCCAGUAUUUGCAGAAAUCUCUCAGAGUGAGAGAAUGAAGGCCAUCGCAAAAGCAAUUGGGUUUGUAGACCCGGUUAUUUGCCAGAGCAUGUAUAUCUUCAAGCAACCCAAAAUUGGAGGUGUUGUGAUGCCCCACCAAGAUUCUUCCUUCCUCAACACCAACCCCAAAAGACUUGUAGGAGUCUGGAUCCCACUGGAGGAUGCCAUGAAAGACAAUGGCUGUCUGUGGUUCAUUCCUGGUUCUCAUAAAAAUGGUGUUGAUAAGGAAAGAUACAUGAUAAGGACAGUGGAUGAAGGGACUGGUGUGGAGGACAUCACCUUCACACAUCCACGUGUGGAGUAUGAUGACAACUUGUUUAUACCAGCUGAGAUGAAAGCAGGAUCCCUGGCUUUGAUCCAUGGUGAAGUGGUGCACAAAAGUGAAGCAAACAAAUCAGAAAAGUCAAGGCACGCCUACACCUUUCAUAUGUUUGACAACCAUGGUGUGGAGUACAGCAAACAGAACUGGCUCCAGCCUACAGAGAAAGGAACCUUCACUCACCUGUUAGCCUAGCCUGCCUGGUCUGGUCCCAAGCUCAGGUUGUAAUGUACAGGUGUGGGCUAACAUGGCCUCUAGAAAACCUAUAUAAUCUAUUUAGCAAAUAUCAACUGCAUAGAGGACAAAUGCAAUACAUCCAAUUUUUGUGUGAAAUUAAUCUGCAUUGUCAAUAAUACCAGAGCAUUUGAGUAAAAUGUCAGAAAAAUUUAUAUUUAAAUAUUUUUAAAUCAUUAUAAGAUUAUAUUUUUGCACUACUUGAAUAUGAGAAUGAGAUUUAUAAAGCCAUUUUUAUCUAGAUUAUGUUAUUUAAACCUGCAUUUGUCCUCUAUACAGUCAAUAUAAUUUUUAACCAGUGAUUCCCCCCAGUGAAAAAUGUCUGAAAUAAACCUUGAAUAUGAUAAACAGCAAUGAUAUCACAAUAAGAACACUAUGCAGAAAUUAUCAAUCAGAAAAAAAAAAAUUAAUUUAGUGGUUGUUGCUUUUUACAUACAAAUAGAAAAAGUGCUCAAAAUAUAAAAAAAAAUUACUUAAUUUUAAAAGGAAACAUGCUAUAGUGGUGUUUUUUUUCACUGCCUCGUACUAUUUGUCAUAAAUAUGUGGUAAUAUAUAUAUUUUUUUAAAUAUACAAGCUCAAUAUA